CUUUCUUCUGCAAAAGUUUAAGGACGUACGGUUUCUUUUCAAGAAAAUAUACCAAUUAAAAGGAUUUUGAACUUUAUUUGUCACUGUUACAAAUAAAGUUAAACAUUUAUCUCCAUAUCACAUGCAAAUGAAUAUUUGUCUGCUACGAUACCUGAUAUCUGUUAUAAAAGUGAGCCUGAAUCGGCAGACUGUCAAAAUGCAAAUGAUGUUGAGCUAAAAUUUGUUAUGGAUGCCAUAUAUUAGCUGUCUGAGUGUUGGUAUGACAGGAUCAUCUUCACCGACCCAACUUCGUGCCAUGAUGUAGAAGACAAGUGAUCUGGACUGCGACAUACAAGUAAUGCAUGAUGGACCCAAACAGUGAUGUGUGGCCAGGUUUUCGUGCGGCUUCACAGCGCACAGAGCGGUGUCUUUUGGGUAAUGAGGAAGUCCAGCUGCCCGAGUUAUUAAUAGAACAGGGUCACAUUUUUAGUGAGGUGUUAUCACAGAACACAUGGGAGACAGUAAUCACUGAUGCUCAAAAAGAAGAGUUAAUGAAACUUCUUCCCAAGUUUACUGAGAAUGAUGCAGAAGAAAAGAAAGAGACUGUGAGGAGAUUGUUUUCCGGUGAAGAUUUUAAGUUUGGAAAUCCACUCACUCAGUUCCAGGCUAAAAUGAGAGAUGGCUACCUCUCGCCAGACAUUGCCAAGUACUCAAGUUUGUGCAGAAGUUACAAAUAUCGUGAAUACAAGUUUCGCCAACAACGAUACUAUUCUGACCUCCUCAAGGAUAUCAUACUUGCUAAACAGCAAGUACUAGAAGAGGUAAAUCAUUUGGCACCUGAUGAAUCCAUUAAAAUUCAUCACGUUCCCACACCUCCGAAAAAUAAAUCGAUGGAACAGAAAGUAAAGAAGAAAUACAUCCGGUUACUGAAAGACAUCCGUGAAGAGUGCGGGGUGGAGGAGACGUCCUCGGAGGAAGAGGAGGAGUCAGUCAGCCCAGUCCAGAGAAGCCGACGUCAGUUGUUUAAGUCUCUUGGUCCGAUCCCGUCCCCCGAGCCAACAGUACCUAGCGUGUUGGCAACAUUUGCUUCAAAACCAGUAGCUGUGAAUGGAGAUAUCGCAGGCUCAAAUCUGACACACGUCAAGCGACAGCGACCAAUCAGCCCCGUGGAGAUAACUGAAGAAGAUUACCACAUGAUGUUACUCAAGCACAAGAAGAAGAAAGCAGAAAGUGCUGAUCUCCUGGAGCUCGACACACAGUCUGUAACACUACAGGACAUCCUGAACCGAUGUCAAGCCAACAGGAAGAUAUCUAAAUCGCCUUCAGGUUCAUCUGCUCAGAUAUCUCCGGUUGCGAAGAAGAAGCUAAAGGUGAGAGACCGGGAAGACCGGAAGUUGAAGAACAAGCUGAAGACAGAGUUACCGGAUUCCAGUUGCAAGGAGAGACUCGGGUCUCCCAUGAUCGACGGCGGGGAUGAAGAUCUAGAAGUCCCAUCUGAUUUACUGCAGCGUGAUGAGGGAGGUGUGCCUGACUUCCCCCUGCCUGAGACAGGGUCCAAGCUCAGUAGUUUCUUCAGCUUGUUGCGUGAUCUAAUUUGUGAAUGCCCCGACCAGCGAGUCAGCACAGCGAAGUUGGAGGAGCGAGUUCGAGAGUGGCAGGAGUCCCCAUCGAGUUCGUUGAACACCUGGUUCUUACUGCAGCCCAACUGGGUGGAGUCUGUGCAGUCCGCGCUCAAGUUCCUGUCGGGAGAUGUGUUGGGUUUAACGGUUGAAAACUUCAUUCCGUUUCUUGACUACAAGGAGCGCGCUCAGCACUGGAAGUGGAUCGGGGAGGGUCGUGAUAACAACAUGGAGCUGGCGCGACUCAGUCAGCACUGGCUGCAGCACAAAGACGACGGCAUGGUCGACCGCGACACCGCUCAGGCUUCACCACUUCCACUCAAGUCAAAAACAGCCUUUGUUGUACGACCAACGAGUCAUGAAGAAAAAGUCACUUUUCAGGAACAGGAGAAGAAAAGAUUUGACAGUCCCCACAAAGCGUUUAUCUAUAGACUGCACGGCUACGAGUCUGUGGUGGGGCCUGUUAAAGGAGUGUACAGCAAGGACAAUGCUAUGACUAAAGCAAGGGAACACACACUGCUGGUGUCUGAACGACCUCCGUUUGUCACGAUACUCACUCUAGUGCGUGAUGCUGCUGCCCGCUUGCCGAAUGGCGAGGGGACUCGUGGAGAUAUCUGUGAACUGCUCAAAGAUUCUCAGUUUCUGGCUCCCAAUGUCACAGACACACAGAUAAACACUGUGGUAAGUGGUGCCCUUGAUCGGUUACAUUCGGAGAAGGAUCCCUGUGUGAAGUAUGAGGUGAAUCGCAAACUCUGGAUUUACCUACACAGGAGCAGAACAAUCGAAGAAUUCGAACGCAUUCAUCAAGCACAGGGUGCAGCUGUGAAAGCCAAGAAGUCGUUACAGAAACCGAAAACCCCAAAGAUAUCUCAUAGUAAAGAAAGUUCGCAAGCUCUAAACAAGUCGGUGACAACGUCGUCAGUUCUCUCAAGUAAUGAAAACAUCAUUGUUGAUGACCUGACGGCCUCUGCUCUUGGUGCCACUCCCACCACCAAGAAUCUGACGCAUGCAGCCUUCUCUGCCUCUCUGCGGGCGCCGCAAAUGAGUCCUGCAAAAUCAACUACCUCCCCCAAGACUGUUGGUGCUGCCCUGGGCCUGACAGGCAUAUCUGCUGCCGGCAGCACGGGCGGCGACCCAGUCACCCACUCUGCCCUGAAAACCACGACCCAGCUGAUAAAAAGCCAGACGACCUCCUCCCAGGCAGCUGGUCUGCCGAAAUCGGUGUCCAGUACGAUGGUGACAGCGUCCGGUUUACCCAGUGCAAUUGUGACUUCACUAGCUCAGGGCAAGACGGAGACGUUGAUCACGCGCGCUCAGGCUCUCAACAUGGGCCUGCUUGGGACGAAGAACGUCAUCCGACACAGCAGUGCAAUCUCGGCCGUGUUGGGCAAUGCCACGGGUCUUCACGGCAUUGGGACUAAAGCCGAGGCUGUGUUACAGAAACACACUGUGCGCAGCGUCAUGAACGCUGCUGGCAAUGUGGUGACAAGCGUGUCCAGUCCCGGGUCGCCGUCCUUGACCUCCGUUCAGGCUCUGACGGCCCAGGCGGGACUGGUGACAUCGCUGUCGUCACACCCAAGGACGAAGGAGAGCGAUUCCAUCACGGUGGCGAGACUUAUACAGCAAGUGUCGACGACGCCACACAUGGUGGGCAACCUCCUCACCACACAGAACCAGCGCGUACAGAUGGCCAACCCCAGGACCACCACCAUCAAAAUACAAGCUAGCAACACAGUUAAUGCCGGACUAGUGGGGACCACGGGGAUACCGCUGGAGGCUGUUCUCAACCAGAGGAAGAUGGGCUCGACGGUGUCGGUGGGUCAGUCGUACCAGACCGUCCAGCAGCCCAAAGUGGUGUCCGCCACUCAGCACGGGGGAAUCGUGGUCACUCAGCUCACACCAGGCAGCAUCACACUCAGACCAGGAAUACCUGGUGUUGGGCAGCCGAAAGGUGUAACCAUGGCAACUACAGGUUUGGUUCCUCAGUUUAUUGUACAGCAAGCUCCACACACUGGCAAACCAGCUGACGGUACCUCACCUGCUGUGUCACAAGAUUACCGAACUCCUAUUCUGCUGAGUAACCCGGGAGGAAAAGGUACACAGAAUAUUCAGGUUGUGAGGACUGUUCUAUCUCAGCAGGCCGGACUGAAACCCGGUCAGGCGACCAUUCUCAUAUCCCAGCCUGCACUGCAGGGCCAUGGCAACAUGGUGCCCGCAGGCCAGGUGCUACAAGCGGCCACCUCCAAAUCGAGUGGCCGUGGCUCGCCCAAGGGCAAGGCUCAGCCCGUGUACGCGAGGAUCAUCAGCCCGCCUCCCGGCAUGAAGCUGGCCACGGUCGGAACAGGACAGACUCUCCAGCAGCAGAACUUUGGCAUGAUUCAGACUGUGGGCAAAAUCCUGCAGAAUGUGACGAGUGCGAGUUUCAGCCCGGUCGUCACGUCGGGUGUCAUACAGACAGCAGUGCCGCCAGUACUGAACACUAGCAGUGCAGAAAACACUAGUAAAACUUCCUCCGAGGGAAAUAGCUAGGUUCGCUUCGUGAACACAGUACGUUAGGAAUAUAUAUUAAAUUAAGUGGAAUCAACCAGGGGAAAUUCGGCUGUUUUUGUAUGCGAAGUUUCUCUCGCCUCAUCUCGUCUCGUCACAGGAAUAAGUGCAACUUACGGUAAAUUGUCUCCGUGAUAACAGCAGUCAGUGAUUGUUAGAUUAUGACAUGGCAAGAUGUUACGAAUCGCGACCAGAAGCACAUUGUUAAGUCUUUCGAAAUGAGCCGACUCAGUUGUUGAUGCUGUAUGGUGAUGAUACAGGGCAUUGAAUUUGAAGCAUCCCACUCAGUUGGAAUCGGUGGAUGCAGGUUAUUAUUCAAAUGGGGUAAUACAAGUUGCAGUAUGGUUCGGGUGCAAUGUUGUUAUUUCUGUUUGAUGAUGUGACGCUGCUGCUGCUGCUGUUGAUAUUGUGUGUGGUGAAUGAAUGAAUGAAUGACAGUACACAAUAACUUGCUGAUGAUCUCGUUAGCAGUACUGUCAAAUGAUGCGAGAUGAAAAAAAAAGCAAAUGCUACAUGACAACAGCUCAACAUAUUGACAGAUAGGAUGCAUAAAACAUGUUACAUCGGUUUGUGACUACUAAACUUGACAUGUGGCUAAUAUUGACGUGGGUAAGUCAGUUGACUGAACUUGACAAGUUGAUGUAUGACAUUGACAUGACUCAGAAACAAGGUGAGAUGACAACUUGCUAUGUUGAUGUCAGUAUGUGAAUUGACUGAACGUGUUCAUUUGCGAGAUGACUAAGCUGGCUAUGUUGGCUAUGUUGACAACUGGUGUUGAUGUGCGAGUUGACAGUUUACCAUGCUAAUUGCUAUACUGGUGUGGUGUGAUAUGAUACACUAGCUGAGGUAACUUCUCAAUGGAAUGGAAUAACACUGCAAGUUAAUGUGAGAUUUUUGUCAAGUUUGUGGGAAGGCAAGUCAACUAUAGUCCGUCCCACAGUGAUCACAUUUGUUUCCCAUACUAUGUAAUUUACUACUAAUUUUGUUUAUUUCCAAGUCGAUUGAUUUGUAAAUUACACACACAAAUUGUAUUUCUUUGUUAUUUCCAAAACACUUUUUCAUUUCUUCUUAUGUCAAACCAAACUGAAAUUAUUUACAAAACACAUUUUAAUAGAAUGAUGGGACGGACUAUAGAAAGCAAAUUUAAGAGAGAAAUGUUAGGUUGACUGUUGAGAAGCAAGGUGUCAAGUUGACGAGUUAGAUGUCAGGUUAACUGUUACUGAGUGAGAUGUCAGGUUGAUGAAAGAGAUGUUGGGUUGAUUAGUGAGAUGUCAGGUUGAUGAGCGAGUUGUCAAAUUGAUGAGUGAGAUAACAGAUUGAUGAGUGAGAUGACGGGUUGACUUGAUGAGUGAGAUGACAGGAUAACUUGAUGAGUGAGAUGACAGAUAGAUGAGUGAGAUGUCAAGUUGAUUUGAUGAGUGAGAUGUCAGGUUACUUUGAUGAGUGUGAUGUCAGAUUGAUGAGUGAGAUGUCAGGUUGAUGGCUGAGAUGAUAGGUUGACUCGAUGAGUGAAAAGUCAAGUUGAUUUGAUGAGUGAGAUGACAUGUUAACUUGAUGAGUGUGAUGUCAGAUUGAUGAGUGAGAUGUCAAGUUGACUUGAUGAGUGAGAUGACAGGUUAGCUUGAUGAGUGAGAUGUCAUGUUGAUGAGUGAGAUGUCAGGUUGACUUGAGUGACAUGUCAGGUUGACUUGAGUGAGAUGUCAGGUUGACUUGAUGAGUGAGAUGUCAGGUUAAUGAGUGAGAUGUGAGAUGACAGUAUGUUGUCUGAACAUGUUGAUGUGAUGAAUCUCUAGGAACGAUUAAACAGUUAGUCCAUCAGAUUGCAAAUAUAACUACUGCAGAUGAUAAUGUGUAUUCUGUGUCCAGUAGAAGAGUACGAGGCUACACAAAUUAACAAUAAUUUUACAGAUUGUUAUGACUGCAAACAUGUUGUAUUUAUUGAGAACUGUUACAUUGCAGCCAUGUAUAUAAAAGGCAGCCCAGCCCACUGAAUGUUUCAGUUGGAAGUAAAGUGUGAUAUUUA